AUGGCCCCUUUGAAACCAAUAUUCUGUGCGACGCAUCCACGUGCGUGCAGCACUGCUUUUGAACGAGUGUUCAUGACCAGGAAAGAUCUGGCCUGCGUACAUGAACCAUUUGGUGACGCAUUUUAUUAUGGCCCGGAGAGAAUGAGCGUCCGCUAUGAAAAGGAUGAGGAAACCAGAAAAGCUUCUGGCUUCAACAAUUCGACGUACAAGUCAAUCUUCGAUCAAAUAGAGGAAGGAUCCGAGGGCAAACGUACUUUCAUCAAAGACAUCACUUACUAUCUUCUUCCUCCGGAUCAACAACCAGCCAAGAUCGCCCCAUCGUUGGAUUCGAAGAAACGAGGCAUAGGCACGGAGACAGUGGUCAAUGGUGUCAAUGGCUCCAGUCACAAGCCGCCGUUCCCCUAUCCCACGGAAGGCGAGCCAGGCAAUCCGACCAUUGUACCUCAAUCGCUGCUCGAAAAGUUCCAUUUCACCUUCCUCAUUCGAGACCCGCAUUCGAGCAUUCCGUCUUACUACCGGUGCUGCAUUCCUCCUCUGGACAAAAUGACCGGCUUCUACGAGUUCUAUCCCAGCGAAGCCGGAUAUGACGAGCUGCGUCGCUUUUUCGACUAUACCAGAGAGGCCGGCUUGGUAGGCAACCAGAUCGCCGGGGAGUCUCAAGAAAACGUCAAUGGAAGUCCAGACAAGCCUGAGAUUUGCAUGAUCGAUGCCGAUGAACUGCUGGAUGAUCCUGAGGGUGUACUCCGAGUCUACUGCAAGAGCGUCGGACUCGAGUUCUCCCAUGAUAUGCUGAACUGGGACAAUGAAGAGGAUCAUGCACGCGCUAAAGCUGCAUUUGAGAAGUGGAAAGGGUUCCAUGAGGAUGCCAUUGACUCAAAAGAUCUCAAGCCGAGAGCUCACAAGAAAGCUGCCAAGACCGAAGCUGAGUGGGAUGCCGAAUGGAAGGAGAAGUACGGCGAGAAAGCAGCAAAGGUGAUUCGAGAUACAGUUGACGCAAACAUGGCCGACUACCAUUACCUGAAACAGUUUGUGUUGAAAAAAGCGUGA